CUUGGCGAAUGUUGACUGUCGUGCGCUGCUAAUUUGAGCGACUACACACGACCUCGGAGGAGGAGAGAAUAAUGCAGGAGGACUUGGAAAACUUCUUGCGAUCAAGAAAUGUCGCUCAGGUGGACAUUACGCGCAUGAAAAGACAAGUUUUUGUUAAACACAAGAACAACCCUGAGAACAACUUGGACCCGGACAAUAACUUUUUCAAGACCGACCGACCGCGAGGCAGCCAGCGACGACCGACCGUGAGGGAGCCAGUGAUGACCGCGAGGAAGCCAGCGACGACUGCAGGGAAGCCAGCGACCGUGAGGAAGCCUGGAGACAACCAGCCUGCGACCACCGUGAGGGACCCAACGACGACCGAGAGGAAACCAGCGACGACUGCAGGGGAGACGGUGACCGCGAGGGAGACGGGAGACGGCGAGCCUGAGGCAGCCGGGAGACAACCAGCCAGCGCGCGUGAGAGAGCCGGGAGGCAGCCAGCCGGCGAGCGUGAGGGAGUCGGCGACGACCGCAAGGGAGCCAGUGACCACGAGGGACCCAGUGAUGACGGCGAGAGAGCGAGCGACGACAGCGAGGGAACCAACGACGGCGGUGAGGGAGCCAUCGACGACCGUGUGGGAGCGGGAAAUUCACAUCCCAAAAACAUGAACUUCCAACCCUUUGAAGAUAUUGACUAUAAGCCAUUCGAUCCCGAGAACAAUUUGGACCCAGACAAUAACUUCUUCAACAACAAACAAAGGGUAACAAACUCUGACUAUUACCUGGAUGAACAAUUCAACACUAAUAUAAAAUUGGAAAAUGCACUUUCGGUAAUACACUUAAACAGUAGAAGUCUCUAUAAAAAAAUUAAAGAAUACCUGACUAAAUUCAAUAAAUUUAAAAUAAUUGCCAUAUCAGAAACUUGGCUUGAUGAAGAUAAAACAACUGAAAUGGAAAUAGAAGGUUAUGAAAUGUUUGCAACUAAUACGGAAAACUAAAAAGGAGGGGCGGGGGUUACAAUAUAUGUAGACAAAGCACUUAAAUGCAGUAAAAUCGAGAGAUUGACAAACACAAUAGAAAACCUAAUGGAAUGUCUAACCAUUGAAAUACACAAUAAAAAGGCAUCAAAUAUCAUCAUAAGUUGCAUCUAUAGGACACCAGGAACAUGUAUUGACACAUUCAAUAAAAAACUAACAGAUAUGCUCAGUUACUACAACGAUAAGAAAACACGAAUAAUAUGUGGUGACUUUAACAUUGACUUAUUAAACCCAAAUAGACACAAAAAAAACAACUGACUUCAUAAAUACUAUGUACAGCAACAGCUUUUUCCCAGUAAUCCUGAAACCUAGCAGAAUAACAGUUGACACGGCCACAUUAAUAGAUAACAUAUUUAUAAAUAAGAUAGAUCAUAAAAUGGAAAGUGGACUUCUCAUUAAUGACAUAAGUGACCACCUGCCUGUUUUUGCAGUUUUUCAUAAUUAUUUCGAUAGAAAAGCUAAAUCAACAACUCGUAUAACAGAAAUAAGACUACGAACCCAACGUUCCAUCGAUGCCUUUAAGCAAGACCUAGAAAAACAAAACUGGACCGAGGUCUACUCAAACGAAGACCCAAAUACAGCGUUUGAAGUAUUUCAGUCGACCAUAAUCUCCUUAUAUGAUAAACAUUUUCCAUUAACUAAAGUUUCCAAAAGGUAUAAAGACCCAAGUAAGCCAUGGAUAACGAAAGGCAUAGAAAAUGCAUGUAAAAAGAAAAACAAUUUAUAUAAAUUGUUUUUAAAAUUCAGAACUGAAGAAGCAGAAAAAAAAUAUAAGACCUAUAAAAAUAAACUACUAAAUAUUAUAAGAACCAGUAAAAGAGAUGCACUUAUCAUGCACUAUUAGAGCAGAAUAAAGAUAACACACAAGAAAUAUGGAAAAUACUUAACCAAGUAAUCAGAAAUAGUCCUAAAAAAAUGGAUUAUCCAGAGUAUUUUAUCAAAGGCAAAAAUACUAUUUUGGAAAAAACUGCAGAAAUAGCAACUGAAUUUAAUGAGUAUUUUUGUCAACAUCGGCAGUAACCUAGCAAAACAAAUUCCUGAUCCAACAGACCUGUUUGAAGUGGAUAGAUACGUAGAAAAAAAACUCCUCCACGAUGUUCCUUACUGCAGUAAAACAAGAAGAAGUAUCAAAUAUUAUAAAAACUUUUAAAAAUAAAAAGUCAACUGAUUGCUUUAAUAUUGAUAUGACAAUAAUCAAGCAGAUUAUAGAAUAUGUAGUGCGA